AUGCCUUCAGUAGGAGGUGGAACCGUAAUGCUGGUCGUCAGUGCCAUCCCAGUCACUGUCCUCACCGUCAUUGCUGGCAUAGCCAUCAUUAUUCUCACUCUCCUCAUCCUGUUUAUGAGCCACCGCCAGGGCGACGAGGCGCGAACUGGCAUUCCUUGGAUCAAAGCAAGCUGCUGCCUGUUUGUCCUUGGCCAAAUCUUCAAAUUCAUCGCUUCCGUCUUGCAGGUGACUUCUGAAUCGUCUGACGACGCCCCGGGUAAAUACAAGGAGGCUAUGAGCUCGGCACAACUUGAAAUAUUGAGUAAUCUUUUCUGUAUCUUGGGCUAUGCUGCAUUUGUCAGUGCUCAGAUCGAGUUUGCCAGAGGUAUGCAGAUGAUCGAUGCCUUCGUUAGCCAGGGAGGAAGCCCUCGGCUCGAUGCAUCGACUGGUAACAACGGCCGCAUGCUCAACUACACUACUUUCAUCGUCGUCUUGCUGCCCGCGAUCGGCUUUUUUAUUGAUCAGCAACUCGUCAUCAACACUGACUUGCUGCUCACUGGUGCCAAUGAUGAGGGAAUGUCCCCUCUACUGAAGUCAUUCAUUGCCCUCUAUUUUGCACCCAGGCUUCUGCUCGGAAUUACUGCCCUUGCGUCUUUGUUCUAUACUAUCAGGCAGCCUCGAAGCCCACCUCAUAAUAAGCUCGGCGCUCACCUACUUGCCAUCUCCACCCUGACUGCCAUUCGCCAUGUCUCCAUGGCAGUGAUCGCUGGUAUCGACAGCUUUAGUUACAGGCUCUCCAUGUCCGCGAAAUCAUUCAUGAACAUGGGGCUGGCCCUCCAAUACGCCGAGAUUAUCCUUGGGUCGUGGCUAUAUGUCAUCUGUCUCGGAAUGGCCUUCGGUAUCACAAGGAUGAGCCAGGGGGGGCUCCGUCUGAACAACCUAAACCCAGAUUCCAAGCCCACUUCAGCCUAG